GCUGGGACUGCGUGGUGGGCGGCCCCGAGCGCGCCCGGCAGUGGCCGGAGCCCUGGGUGCUGCAAAGCGCGUCCCGCCGGGUCCCUGAGCGUCCCGCACCCUCGCCCCGCCAUGCUCCUGCUGCUGGGGCUGUGCCUGGGGCUGUCCCUGUGCGUGGGGUCGCAAGAAGAGGCGCGGAGCUGGGGCCACUCUUCGGAGCAAGUUGGACUCAGAGUCCCAAGGCAAGUCAGACUGUUGCAGAGGCUGAAAACCAAACCCUUGAUGACAGAAUUCUCGGUGAAGUCUACCAUCAUAUCCCGUUAUGCCUUCACUACGGUUUCCUGCAAAAUGCUGAACAGAGCUUCUGAGGACCAGGAGAUUGAGUUUCAGAUGCAGAUUCCAGCAGCAGCGUUCAUCACCAACUUCACCAUGCUUAUUGGAGACAAGGUGUAUCAGGGUGAAAUUACAGAGAGAGGGAAGAAGAAUGAUGAUAGGGUAAAAGAGAAAAGGAAUAAAACCACAGAAGAAAAUGGAGAAAAGGGGACUGAAAUAUUCAGAGCUUCUGCAGUGAUUCCCAGCAAGGACAAAGCUGCCUUCUUCCUGAGUUACGAGGAGCUUCUGCAGAGGCGCCUGGGCAAGCAUGAGCACAGCAUCAGCGUGCGGCCCCAGCAGCUGGCCGGGAGGCUGAGCGUGGAUGUGAAUAUCCUGGAGAGCGCGGGCAUUGCAUCCCUGGAGGUGCUGCCACUUCACAACAGCAGGCACAGGGGCAGCGGGCGUGGGGAAGAUGAUUCUGGGCCUCCUCCAUCUACCGUCAUCAACCAAAAUGAGACGUUCGCCCACAUCCUUUUUAAACCUAGUGUAGUACAGCAAGCCAAGAUUGCCCAGAAUGGAAUUCUGGGGGACUUUAUCAUCAGAUAUGAUGUCAAGAGGGAACAGAGCAUUGGGGACAUCCAGGUUCUAAAUGGCUAUUUUGUGCACUACUUUGCACCUAAAGACCUUCCUCCUUUACCCAAGAAUGUGGUCUUCGUGCUUGACAGCAGUGCGUCCAUGGUAGGAACCAAACUCCGGCAGACCAAGGAUGCCCUCUUCACGAUCCUCCAUGACCUCCGACCCCAGGACCGUUUCAGUAUCAUUGGAUUUUCCAACCGGAUCAAAGUAUGGAAGGACCACUUGAUAUCGGUCACUCCGGACAGCAUCAGGGAUGGGAAAGUCUACAUUCACCAUAUGUCCCCCACUGGAGGCACAGACAUCAAUGAGGCCCUGCAGACGGCCAUCAGGCUCCUCAACAAGUACAUGGCCCACAGUGAUGGUGGAGACCGGAGCGUGUCCCUCAUCAUCUUCCUGACGGACGGGAAGCCUACGGUUGGGGAGACGCACACCCUCAAGAUCCUCAACAACACCCGGGAGGCCGCCCGAGGCCAGGUCUGCAUCUUCACCAUUGGUAUCGGCACCGACGUGGACUUCAGGCUGCUGGAGAAGCUGUCGCUGGAGAACUGCGGCCUCACGCGGCGUGUGCACGAGGAGGAGGACGCGGGCUCGCAGCUCAUCGGGUUCUACGAUGAAAUCAGGACCCCUCUCCUCUCUGACAUCCACAUCGAUUAUCACCCCAGCUCAGUGGUGCAGGCCACCAAGACCCUGUUCCCCAACUACUUCAAUGGCUCGGAGAUCAUCAUCGCAGGGAAGCUGGUGGACAGAAAGCUGGAUCACUUGCACGUGGAGGUCACCGCCAGCAACAGUAAGAAAUUCAUCAUCCUGAAGACGGAUGUGCCUGUGGGGCCUCAGAAGGUGGGGAAAGACGUCCUAGGAAGCCCCAGGCCUGAAGGCGAUGGAGAAGGGGACCCCAACCACAUCGAGCGUCUCUGGAGCUACCUUACCACAAAGGAGCUGCUGAGCUCCUGGCUGCAAAGUGACGAUGGGCCGGAGAAGGAGCGGCUGCGGCAGCGGGCCCAGGCUCUGGCCAUGAGUUACCACUUCCUCACUCCCUUCACCUCCAUGAAGCUGAAGGGGCCGAGCCCACGCACGGACGGCCUGGAGGAGGCCCACGGCAUGUCGGCCGCCAUGGGACCUGAACCGGUGGUGCAGAGUGUGCGAGGAGCUGGCACACAACCAGGACCUUCGCUUGAGAAGCCGUACCAGCCAAGAAUUAAAAUCUCUAGAACAUCAGUGGAUGGCGAUCCCCACUUUGUUGUGGAUUUCCCCCUGAGCAGACUCACCGUGUGCUUCAACAUUGAUGGGGAACCCGGGGACAUCCUCCGGCUGGUCUCUGAUCACAUGCACUCUGGUGUGACAGUGAAUGGAGAGUUAAUCGGGGCACCCGCCCCUCCAAAUGGCCACAAGAAACAGCGCACUUACUUUCGCACCAUCACCAUCCUCAUCAACAAGCCAGAGAGGUCGUAUCUCGAGGUCACACCAAGCAGAGUCAUCCUGGAUGGUGGGGACAGGCUGGUGCUCCCCUGCAACCAGAGUGUGGUGGUGGGGAGCCGGGGGCUGGAGGUGUCAGUGUCGGCCAACGCCAAUGUCACCGUCACCAUCCAGGGCUCCAUAGCCUUUGUCAUCCUCAUCCACCUCUACAAAAAGCCGGCACCCUUCCAGCGACACCACUUGGGAUUCUACAUUGCCAACAGCGAAGGCCUUUCCGCCAAGUGCCACGGACUGCUAGGUCAGUUCCUGAACCAGGAUGCCAGACUCACAGAAGACGAUGCAGGGCCCAGCCAGAACCUCACUCACCCUCCGCUCCUUCAGGCGGGAGAGGGACCCGAGGCCGUCCUCACGGUGAAAGGCCAUCGAGUCCCAGUGGUCUGGAAGCAAAGGAAGAUUUACAACGGAGAAGAGCAGAUAGACUGCUGGUUUGCCAGGAACAAUGCCGCCAAACUGAUUGACGGGGAGUACAAGGAUUACCUGGCAUCCCAUCCGUUUGACACAGAGAUGACACUUGGCCGGGGAACUGUCCAGGGAGCCCUGAAGCUGGCAGCCUCAAGGACGUAAGUGCAUGAAGGACGGUGAUGUGGGGAGGCCGUGGAGCAGCUCUUUUCGUGGCUUAUACUUGCCUCAGCUCCUGGCAAUUAGCUGGACUCCAUGACCCACUCCGGGUGCGGCGUAGAUGUGACGUCUGCCUGGGCGAAGGGGAAGGGUGGGAAGCCUGCGUGCAAAUGCCAUUUCCCCAGCUCCUCCUUCCUGCCUCUCCCCACCCUGCCCGCGUCUACAGAGGGGAGACCAGUCAUUGCUAAAUGCAACCAAAGUCUGUAUCUUGUCCCAACCUGCUUAUCCGUUUUGUUAGCCUACCGGUAAAGUAAGCCUUUCUGGUGGGGGAAGGUUGCUAUGAGUUUGUUUUCUUGGUGGAAAUGGCCAAGUGUGGGCCCUCUGCUUUUUGCCUUACACUCAUGCUUAGGAAGCUGUCUUUUCAGUAGUGUUGCAGCCUCCAGAGGUGCGGCCAGCCUCUACUGCAAAGGACUCUGUCACUGAGUUCAGGCCACCAACCAUGCAAGUAGCUGAAACAUUUGAUCAUUGUAAACCAUUAAGUCUUGUCUUGCGAGAGGUUUUUCUUCUGCUGUGGUCUCUUGCCCUUAAAAAUUAGUUUUCAUUAAAAAGAAAUUUGAUUGAAAAUAGAAA